CAGGCAGCUGCAGGGGGUUUAUUCCCAACGUCGGUGGUGCAGCAGAGCAGAUCCUGAUCUGACCACAGCUCAGUCCGCACACACCGCCUGUCUGUCUCUCUUUCUCUCUCUCUCUCUCUGCCUGUCUGUCUGUCUGUCUCCCUCUGCACCGCAGACAGCUGAGCCCGCACACAGACAGAGACAGCCCGCCAUGAGCACGGCGCUCCUCCUGACGGCCUCCAGUCACAUCCAGAGCGCAUCAUCUGCAGCUGAAAUCUGCGGUCUGUCCUCUCGGAGGAGGGAGGGAUGCUGAGCACUGCAGCAGACAUGCCGGGCCCGCUCCACCUCGCGCUGAUCGCUCUUCUGGCCAGCUGUGAUGCCUUCAGACUGGGUUCAUCCCAGCGGGUCAUACCCCUCGGUCCUCCGGUGGCCCGUCUGUUCCAGGGUGAGGCCCCAGCGCAGCCACACUUCAUCCAGGAAUUAAUCAGAACCAAACGCCACUCAGUCCAAGAGUUAGUGCGAGCCCAACCUCAUUUGGUUCAUGACAUGGGCUGGCCAGAGAUACACGAAACAUCCCGUUCCCAGGCCAAGAUGGACUCUGCCAACUCCUCUCAGUUAAACCCACCGUCGUCCGUCAGCCAGGAUAUAGCCAGGCCCCGCGCUGCUGUGCAUGAAAACCUAGAUGUGGAAGACGAGAUGGAGCGUAUGGUUCAUCUAGCGGUUCCCCAGGAUGCAGACUCCACUGACCCAGAGAAGGAGCUCCUCGGUGGGCCAGGAGCUGGCGACGCCUCCCUGGAGGCCUCUGGCUUCUAUGGAACGGACAUGGAGGACAGAGAGAGAGGAGAGGAGGGAGGAGAGGACCGAGAGAGAAGAGGAGGAGAGGACGAGUGGGAGAGAGACACAGGGGAGGAUAGAGAGAGGGAGAGAGGAGGAGGAGGAACAGACGAUCAAGAUGUCCAUGUACUGGAUGCAUUAGAGGCUAACCACACAACCCCAGAUCUGGACGCUCUGAUUGGCUACAGUCCAUCUUUCCACCCCUCCAGCUCAGAGCAGCCCAGUAACUCCUCCCCAGCUGACGUGCACGAGUCUGGGCUUGAGGAGCAUCGUUCAUCACCGGUCCUGGAGGUGGGUCCUCUGGAGAGAGAGCUGUGGGAGGCAGAGGGGGAGGAAGAUAGUCAUGCCAGUGGCUACGGAGUCCUUCACUCCUCAGUCACUACAACCAGUACUACAUCUGCUGCUGCUUCAACCUCGACUGCUGCAGGUGGAGACGCUGUAGGAACCUCCACCCCUGAGACUGACACAGGCACAGACUUUGGGCUGCUGGGAAGUUAUACAAAAGAUGAGAUAGAGGAUGAAGAGACAGAGAGGGAGGAGGAAGAGGAGGAAACGGGUCUGGCACACAAAGGUGUAUUUACCCAGAAUCCCACUGUACCAGAGGUGGGCAUGGCUCCCAGCAGAGAGCCCCUGCAGCCCAGCGUGGAGGAAGAGGAGGAGCAGGGACACGAGUUAAAAGGAGUCGGACCGAACGACAGAAGUGAAGAGGAGGAGGAGGACGAAUGGGGAACGGUGGAGAAAGAGGAAACAAUGAUCAGACACAUCAUCCCGCUCACCACAGAUCCCUCCACCACCGUCAGCUUCACCGACGCCUCCUGGGAUUGGCUGGAAAAGACAACGCCCCUGUCGGCCCAGAGGUCACAGGUCCGGGGAGGUGGGGUCACAGAGGUCUUCUUACCGGAUGGUGACUUCGAUGAGCUUGAGGAGGCGCAGCAGGUAGUGUGUGUGGACUGGAGCGAGCUCGCUGGACGAGGCUACGUCAUCCUCAACAUGACGCAAAACUUGAACUGCGAGGAGUUUCGUGUAGACCAGGGCGUACGGUUGUUGAGGAUCAUGGAGCGAGUGUUUGCUCGAAGAAUGAACAGCCCUGAGGGAUCAUGGGUACUCUACCUCAGCAAGCCUACACACCAGCAACACCAGCUGCUGAUGAACGUGGCAUCUGAGCAUGGAGUUAUAGGUACCAAGGAAGUGCUGGGAAUGCUGGGAGAGAUCAGGAAAAGUUUGAAUAAGAUUGGCAUCCAGAACUACAGCGCGGCCGGCAGUUGCCAGUCUCGGCCCAGUCAAACCCGCAGCGACUACGGCAAGCUGUUUGUGGUCCUGGUGAUCAUCGGCUCCGUCUGCAUGGUCAUCAUCACGUCUGGAUUCAUAUACAUCUGCUGGCAAAGACGACUGCCUGCGACUAAGACACAGUUUCACGCUGAGGAACUUCACUUUGUGGAAAACGGUUGCCACGACAACCCGAUGCUGGAUGUGGCCAACGACAGCCAGCCGGAGAUGCAGGAGAAGAAGCCGAGCACCAAUGGGCUCGCGGGGGGAGGAGAAGGAGGCGGGGAGGACAGCAAUCGCUGGCAGGUGUUUGUCAAUCAAGCGGCGACUGAGGAGGAAGAAGAGGAGCAAGACACGCAUCUCUGAUGGAGGAAGAGGAAGAGGAGACAGGAUAUAUGAAGGAUGGACAGAGGAUAAAGUGGAGAUAAAUGAGAAGAAUACAAAUAAAAAAAAGGGGAGAAAAGAAAAAGGAAAGGAAGUAGUUGAUGGAAGUUAAAGGGUAUAAAGAGUAAUAGAUGUCCAGUCAGAGUUAAGCUAGGAUGGAGGCGAGGAGGAGGAGUCACUGACACCUUCAUGGAUGUUAGACACCGGGGUAUAUGUCAGCUUCAAAUCUGAACUCAUGGAAAGACAAUGAACUUGCCAAUCGUUUAAUAUAAUCUCUACUUGAUGUUGGAUAAUGUCACCAUUACAUAAAAACACAUCUGUUUUAGUGUGCCUUAUGCUUCUUUUACACUGCGGCUGCACGAGAGAAAUAAAACACAAAAGCACCUUUUUCCACCUUCAACGUUUGAAUGUAAAACAACUUUUAAAGUUUCCAACAGCCGCAGCAUCAGGAAGGGUUUCAUUUCACAUUAAGUCAAAUUCUUCGACAAAAUGGCCCCAACUGGAAGUUUACCCGGGUUAUAAUAUCAAGGAGACAUUGUUUAUUAAUGGUGGAAUAUAACUUAGUACAUUUACUCAAGUAUUAUACUUUAUACUCCACUACAUUUACCUGAAAGCUGUCUGUACAAAUGAGUGUAUAUGUACAUAAAAACACAAAAUGAUACAAAGAUUAUAGAUUAAAACUACACAACAGUAUAUAAAGUAGUUCAAAUCAGCUCGAUUUACAUCCACAGUGCGGCAGUAAAAUGCUAUUACACAUUAAUAAUCCUUCAUUUGCAUAACAAGUACUUUUACUUUUGAUACUUUAAGUACAUUUUCUACUAAUAUCACUCUACUUUUGCUUAAGUAAUAUUUUGAAUGUAACAUUUUUGAGUGUUUUUACACUCCCCACACAGUCAAUUAAACAUUAAAACUCGUCAGUAAACACCAAAUAUCGCCGACAGCAGCAAGUAAUUCAUACGGCCUGAUUAAGAAUAUCCAGUUUGAGUGAUGAUCAGUGGAUUUACCCCGAUGUCUGACUCUUCUCCCGAGACAACAGUGACUCCUCUUAGAUACUCCUCCAAAUCACUGAACAGGAAGAAUAGCCUGAAGCGACUUUGAAAGUAAGGUUUUGGCACUUUAUUGAUUCCUCUUGGAAAUAGUGACUAUCAUCAUUGAAAUGCUGCAUCAUGUUAAAUGUAUUACAUACAGUGACUGAAAUAUCUCUAUUUUGCUCCUAGGAAUGGUUGUAACCGCUGAGGAUGUUUACUUUACACUCUAGAACCAAGUCAUGUGAUUGCUAUACUUACGUCCUGUUAGCCUAAUUAUGCUUUUUUUAAAAUAGUGUUGGAAUGGCUGCUGUAUCCUCCCGGCUAAAUCUUGAGGCUAUGACACAUGGGCAACAUUUUAGAGGCCAAAAGCACGAACGAAUAGCAAAGUUACACAGUGAACCAAAAAAAAAAAAAAAACUAAAAGAGGUCCAAGUCGAGCCCCAAGUCUUCAGUGUUUUAAUGUUAAAUGUUUGAGUCACCAAGGACAUGACAUGAAUAGCUACGGUCACGUUCGAGUCACAAGUCAAGUCAACAAAGUCACAUCAGAGUCACAAAGGACAUUCAAGUCUGCACAGUCGAGUCUAAAGCACUAUAACGAGUGACUACGAUUACGUCCAAGUCAUUUGUGAAUCAGUACAGUCAUGCCCAAGUCAGUCGGUCGUGUCUGAAUCAAUACAGGGUUGUCCGAGUCACUGCGAUCAUGUCCGAGUCACUGCGAUCAUGUCCGAGUUACUGCAGGCAUGUGCGAGUCACUAUGGUCAUGUCUGAAUCACUGUGGUCAUGUUUGAGUCAUUACAGUCAUGUCCAAGGCUGCAUUCGUGUCCCAGUCACUAAGAUCAUGUCUGAAUUAAUAUAGUCGUGUCAGAGUCAUUGUGGUCAUGUCCAAGUCAGUGGGACCACAUCCGAGUUACUUCAGCCAUCCCACAGUCAUGUCCAAGUUACUAAUUGCCAUGUCCAAAGUUACAUUCGUUCCCUAGUCACUAUGGUCAUGUCUGAAUCUCAAUGGUCAUGUCCAAGUCAGUACGUUAAUGUCUGAGUCAGUAUGGUCAUGUGUGAGUUACUUCAGCCAUCCCACAGUCCAAGUUACGUCAAGUCAUGUCGAGUUUCUGCAGACACGUGCGAGUUACUACGGUCAUGUCAAAGUCAUUAAGGUUGUGUACAAGUCACUAUGAUAACACAACUGAUCAUGUCCAAGUCACUAAGAGUCAUCAGAGUCACAGUGAUCAUGACUGACUAACCAACAUUUAAGACGAAGUUAAGUUGUCAAAAAUGGGACUUGUUGGCCCUAAUGGACUCGGAGAGUUGAGGCUAUUUACGAUAAUAUUAAACACAUCUGAUGGACAGAAAUAAUUUGAAAUAUUUUUGUAAGACGUGCCAGCUGACUAAAGUCACUAUUGAGUUAACUGGAAUGGAGAUAGGCAGCUGCUAGCAGUGAUGUUUAAAGGUUGUUUUAUUGUGUUUGUUUACUUUUAUUCAGAUGGUUUUUUUAUGAUCAUUUUGUUCCUGCAGUUGUCAAUCUCCAUUCCUGUUACAGGUCGUAUUGCCCAUCUGCAUUUCAUCAAGAUGUUGCCCGUGCUUCAGCUCUUUUACUCUGACUUUCCUCAAUGUAACAAUACUGUAUAUGGCUUCACUAUAAACUACGCUGAUUGAUUCAUGAUAUGCACUUUGUCAGCAGGAUUUAUGGAGCGUUCAGGACAUGCUGGGACUGACGACUGUCCAUCCUGAAUACCUUCAAUGACUGCAGUGUAGAUUAAUUGUUUCUUAGAGCACAAGACACAGUCCCCUUGUCCUCCGCUGGAAGACAGACUAGAGAAGGCAAGGCACAUUUAUUUAGCACAUUUCAUACCCAAGGGCAACCCAGAGUGCUUUACAGAGUACACAGGCAAAAUCACAAAAAAGAAAUUAUUAAAACAAUAACAGCAAGCAAGCAAAAGCACACAAAGCAAUAAAACAAAGAAUGAAAAGAGCAUGCAGCUUUCAGCACUGCAGAGAUCAACAGUAUUAAACAGAAACAGACAGCCUUUGUUGCUUUUAUUUGCUGAAAGACUGAAUUAGAGUUUGAAGAUAAAUUGUGUUGCUUUUUGUUGCUUGAAAUCAAUUUGUUUUCACAGAUUUCACAGUUUUUCUACUCAGAAUCUGAUGACAGCCUCGUGUAUGUUUGCAUUUGUAAGCAGUGCUAGUGCAAGUCAAUGGGGAUUCAGCUGUAGCAAAAAAUAAGUGACCCUUCGUUUGUAUAAAGAUAACAAGCUUAGUUUCCUGGUGAGAUUUUUUUAACCAGGUUUUUCAGUUUCCAUUCAUUCAUCUCCAGGUAUUUUAUUUCUAUUAAUUUAUUUUACUUACCUUUUUUUGUAUGUCUAUUUAUAUGCAUUAUGGUCUUGUACUGUCUCAUUCUUUUGGUUGUCUGCGUAAUAAGUUAAAUGUGAGAAAUAAAGUUUGGAGAAAA